GUGCGUUUUCUAGUCAGGCAGCUCCUUGGCCACCUGGCAGGGCUGCGUCGCCUGGCAACGGCGGGGUCCUUCCUGGCUCGGUGGCGCUCGGGGCCUGAGGGGAGAAAACGGCCGCGGUGGGCGCUGGGGGUGGCAGCGGAAAGGCAACGCGGGCUUGGCGCGCCCUGGGACCAGAUCUCUGCGCCCUAGAGGAAGAUGAACACGGCCAACAAGGUCCGGGUCGGGCCUGCGGCCGAUGGGCCUGCGCCGCCCGGGGAAGAGGAGGGCCAGGGGGGUGGUGAGGCAGGCGGGAAGGAGCCGGUGGCGGACGCGGCCCCGGGGCCCAGCGCCGCGUUCCGCCUCAUGGUGACUCGGCGGGAGCCGGCCGUGAAGCUGCAGUACGCGGUGAGCGGCCUGGAGCCUCUGGCCUGGUCUGAGGACCACCGCGUGUCUGUGUCCACCGCCCGCAGCAUCGCUGUGCUGGAGCUCAUCUGCGAUGUGCACAAUCCAGGCCAGGACCUGGUUAUCCACCGCACCUCGGUGCCCGCCCCUCUCAACAGCUGUUUACUUAAAGUUGGCUCAAAAACAGAAGUUGCUGAGUGCAAGGAGAAAUUUGCUGCCUCUAAGGACCCCACAAUAAGUCAGACUUUCAUGUUGGAUAGAGUGUUCAACCCUGAGGGAAAGGCCUUGCCGUCAUUGAAGGGAUUCAAAUAUGCUAGCUGGUCCCCCAUGGGUUGUGAUGCUAAUGGCAGGUGCCUCUUAGCAGCACUGACUAUGGACAAUCGCUUGACCAUCCAGGCCAACCUCAACAGACUGCAGUGGGUCCAGCUGGUUGAUCUGACUGAGAUUUAUGGAGAACGUCUUUAUGAGACCAGUUACAGGCUCUCUAAAAAUGCAGCCCCAGGAGGAAAUCUUGGGGAUUUUGCUGAGUUUCAGAGGAGACACAGCAUGCAGACCCCAGUCAGAAUGGAGUGGUCGGGCAUCUGUACUACCCAGCAGGUGAAGCAUAACAAUGAAUGUCGGGAUGUUGGCAGUGUGCUUCUGGCCGUCCUCUUUGAAAAUGGUAAUAUUGCUGUGUGGCAGUUUCAGCUGCCCUUUAUAGGAAAGGAAUCCAUCUCUUCAUGCAACACAAUUGAGUCCGGCAUCAACUCUCCUAGUGUUUUGUUUUGGUGGGAAUAUGAGCACAAUAAUAGGAAAAUGAGUGGCCUUAUUGUGGGGAGCGCUUUUGGACCUGUAAAAAUUCUUCCUGUCAAUCUCAAAGCAGUCAAAGGCUAUUUCACUCUAAGGCAGCCUGUUGUCUUGUGGAAAGAAAUGGACCAGUUGCCUGUGCACAGCAUCAAGUGUGUGCCACUUUAUCAUCCUUACCAGAAGUGUAGUUGCAGCCUAGUGGUGGCUGCAAGAGGCGCCUAUGUAUUUUGGUGUCUUCUUCUGAUUUCCAAAGCAGGGCUCAAUGUGCACAAUUCCCAUGUCACCGGCCUUCACUCCCUGCCAAUCGUUUCCAUGACUGCAGACAAACAGAAUGGAACAGUCUAUACUUGUUCCAGUGAUGGCAAAGUGAGGCAGUUGAUUCCCAUUUUCACAGAUGUUGCAUUGAAGUUUGAACACCAGUUGAUUAAACUCGCGGAUGUGUUUGGCUCUGUGAGGACUCAUGGGAUAGCAGUGAGCCCCUGUGGUGCGUAUCUGGCCAUCAUCACCACUGAGGGCAUGGUCAACGGCCUGCAUCCCGUGAACAAAAACUACCAGGUCCAGUUUGUUACUCUCAAAACCUUUGAAGAGGCAGCUGCUCAGCUCCUGGAAUCAUCAGUUCAGAAUCUUUUUAAGCAGGUAGAUUUAAUAGACCUAGUACGCUGGAAGAUUUUAAAAGAUAAACAUAUUCCUCAGUUUUUACAAGAAGCUCUGGAAAAGAAGAUUGAAAGCAGUGGGGUCACUUAUUUUUGGCGUUUUAAGCUUUUCCUCCUGAGGAUUUUAUAUCAAUCAAUGCAGAAAACCCCUUCAGAAGCCUUAUGGAAACCUGCCAAUGAGGACUCAAAAAUCUUACUCAUUGACUCCCCUGGGAUGGGCAACGCUGAGGAUGAGCAGCAAGAAGAAGGCAGUUCUUCCAAACAGGUUACUAAGCCAGGCCUGCAGGAGAGGAGCAAGGACGGUGAGGCUGAGGAGCCCACUGAUGACUCGCUCCCCCAGACUGCAGACGUCGGAGGCCGUGAGCCAAUGGAGGAGAAGCUUCUAGAAAUCCAAGGGAAAAUUGAAGCUGUGGAGAUGCACUUGACCAGGGAACACAUGAAGCGUGUGUUGGGGGAAGUGUAUCUGCACACCUGGAUCACAGAAAACACGAGCAUCCCGACCAGAGGCCUCUGUAACUUUCUAAUGUCUGAUGAAGACUAUGAUGACAGAACAGCACGGGUGCUGAUUGGACAUAUCUCAAAGAAGAUGAACAAACAGACCUUCCCUGAGCACUGUAGUUUGUGUAAAGAGAUCUUGCCAUUCACAGAUCGCAAACAGGCUGUCUGCUCCAACGGCCACAUUUGGCUCCGGUGCUUUUUAACCUAUCAGUCCUGCCAGAGUUUGAUAUACAGAAGAUGUUUGCUCCAUGACAGCAUUGCCCGGCAUCCAGCUCCCGAAGAUCCUGACUGGAUUAAGAGGCUACUGCAGAGCCCCUGCCCUUUCUGUGAUUCCCCUGUCUUCUGAAUGUCAGUGGUGGGAAGAGGAAGGGCAUGAACCCUGCUGUAGCAAACACGCUCCAGCCUGAAGAGAGCAUGUGCUGGAGGAAGGCUGGCCCCUGCAAGUGGAACAGCACCUUUGUGAUUGUAAAGAACUCAUUUCUGAAGGGCACUCUCUAUGUCUAGGCACUAAAGGAUGUCUCUUAAAAAUGACUGAAUGCGGAGAUUUUGAGUCAUUUUGAGAUGAACGUUACCCUGACCCCUUACCCAAUGAGGAACACUUAUUCAAGUGUCUUGACUGAAGCAGUGUGAACAAAAAGAAUGUCCUGUCAUUUCCAGGAACAGAGUGGUCUCUUCUAGAGAGUUUAGAUAAGGGCCCAGCUGGGCUGAGUUGGUUUUUUUAAUCCUUGGUUUGGUCUGGAACUGCUUUGUGGCUCUAGAGAGCUUAAACUACCUGGUACGUGGCUUUCGAUUAAAAAUGUCCAAAACAA